CCUUCUCCCUCGAGCCCGUGCGCCGCGCGCCCCGCAGGCCGCUGCCCCUCCCGCCCCGCCCCGUCGCCGAGCGCGCUGCCAGGUUGCGCAAGGGGGUGGGGGGCGUUGGCCACCGUGUGUGUAGGAGCGGCCUGCGGCCCCAAUGAGGGGCUAGUGGUGCUGUGCUUGGCUCGAUUGCCCGGCCGUGCCCUUGAGCUGCAAUGGACUCGGCUCUGGAGGGUUCGGUGGCAGGUGUGACUGCGACGGUGGCCUUCGGCAGCACAGAGCCGGAAAUGCUCCAAGGACCAUCAGAAGAUGUAUUUCCAAAAAUAGAAAGUCCAGUUGAAGAGAUGGAUACCUCUGAUACCCAGUGGGGCUGGUUUUAUUUGGCUGAGUGUGGUAAAUGGCAUAUGUUUCAGACUGAUUCAAACAGUCAUUGCUCUAUUAGCAGUGAAGAUAUUGAAAGGAGUUUCCGAACAAACCCACAUGGUUCUCUGUCUUUUACGACUGCAAAGUUUAACUACCUGCUAGACUUUUCAGUGAUGAAACAAAUCAACCUGACUACCCUUAAGCAACGUCCAAUAAAGCGAGCUCCCUUUUCUAUCAAUUCAUUCAGUUUCAUCUGUGAAAAUGAGGCUAUCCCUAUGCCUUCGCACUGGGAGAAUGUAAAUACUGAGGAGCCAUACCAGCUUAUUCCAUUGCAAAAGAAAACAAAUGAAUAUAAUGAAGUUUCUAGUCUCUUUGGAAAAACAAUGGAUAGCCACCGAAUUAAAAGAAUUAAGAGAAUACAAAAUCUAGACUUGUGGGAGUUUUUUUGCAGGAAAAAAGCUCAACUGAAGAAGAAAAGGGGUGUCCCAACGAUUAAUGAGCAGAUGCUAUUUCAUGGCACCAGUAAUGAAUUUGUUGAAGCAAUAUGUAUUCAUAACUUUGACUGGAGAAUAAAUGGGAUGCAUGCUGCUGUGUAUGGAAAAGGGACCUACUUCGCCAGAGAUGCAUCAUAUUCCAGCCAUUUCUGCAAAGAGAGCAUGAAGCACGGAGAUACUUUCCAGAUUCAUGGCGUGAAUCUGCAGCCUCAUCUGCAUAGACCAGAUAAAGUCAUGUUUCUUGCUCGUGUAUUAACUGGUGACUAUAUUGGUGGGGAUUCAAAAUACAUAAGACCUCCUUCAAAAGAUGGAAGUUUUGUGAACUUGUAUGACAGCUGUGUGGAUAAUACCUGGAACCCAAAGAUCUUUGUCAUCUUCGAUGCCAACCAAAUCUACCCUGAGUACUUAAUAGAAUUUUGUUAAGUUUGAACUGAGUAUUGUUUGUGUAUUUUUGAUACUUUUGUUUCUUUCAUAAAGACAACAACAUGAAAACAUGAAGCAUUAAAGGAGAGAUGUGAAAGAAAAGGUGGGAUACAUUUAUGGAGGAGGCAAGCUAUUAAGUACAUAAGAGAGAUUGGUGAACUUUUUUAAAAAAUAUGUAAACUUUAUUCGUGCAUUUUUCAAAUGUAGAGACUGUUAGAAAUUUGAGAUUGCUUAGUGAUCCUUAAAUACAUUGGUUGUUGGGAAGUUUUCAAAGGCAAGAUUUUACAUUCUGAUUUUUUAAAAAUAUGUUAAAAUUAUUAAUGUGGUAGAAAUAUGCCUCUAAUAUAGUAUGCAUAUGAUGAAACUAAUCUUUUAUAAAGAUUGUCUAUAAAACAUAAAGUAACAACAGCAAAACCCCAGGGGACUUGGCUACAUAUGUGUGUUUGUCUGUGUUCUGUAUACACGUUGCUUUGUGUUUGGAGGUCUCUUAGUUUGUAUUCUAAACGUAUU